AUGCCUCGUCACAUCGAUCUCCCACGCCCCAAAGGCGAAUCGCCGGUGAAUCUGUAUUUCAUUGACCCUUCAUGCGAUGAGGAAGCUGGCGGAGAUUUUGAAGCGCUCUAUCUCCUCGAAGCCCGCCGCUGGGCUAGACGAGCUUUCGAACGCCUCCGAAGCGACACAGAUGAAGACUUUGCCCGCGUUUUUAACGUCAUUUUCAAAACGCCCAAGAACGGCACCAGACGCUACCCCAUGUCCAAAAGAUGGCGGAAAUGGUUUGGUAGCUACGAUAAACGCUCAGAAAAUUCAGUCAAUCACGUUCUUCGUGUCUUUCACGACUCCGCUUACAACUGGGCUCGUACCGACAAGCGAGAAAAAGCUGACGUGCGUAUCUACGCUGGCGCACGGGGUCUCAGGCGGUGGAUGCCUCUGCCCAAGGGGCGUAUGUACGACAGCGAAAAUGGAAUUGUCACAGACGACGAAGUCUCAAGAAGUUGCUACGGGUGGUGCGCAAGUCGUCCUUACCAGGCCCCCGAGUACAAAGAUGAAAAGGAGCACCGUAGCGUCAUCGACAUCUGCCCGCCCUCGUGGAAACCAAGCGCAACCUUGUCCACACACAGUAUCGUACUCUCCGCCUUUGAUACGGCCCUCCUCCAAUGCAAUAACCAAGGUACCAUUAACCAGGCCAUUAACCCUCUCAAUGUCCACAAGCUAUCAUUCAAUCUGGUUCCCAUGACCAUCCUCCACGAAUUUUUGCACGCACACCCUUACCUCCUCGAUGAUAGUUAUUCCCCCGAAAAUGGUACCGGCGGCUAG